AUGGGGUGUAUUUUUUUAAAAUUGUCUUCUGUCCCUGUUAAUUCAGAGGAGGUAAACCCGUAUAGAAGCCACAUGAAGCAGAAAUUCCAAGUCCUGUGGGAGAAGGAGCCCUGCCUUCUGGUUCCUGAAGAUUUCUACAAAGAGACCACAAAGAGUGAGUACGAACAACUGAAUGCUGUCUACCUUGACACCCUCGAGCCUGGAGAGUUCUCACCCACUGUGGUCUUGCAUGGUCCUGAAGGGAUUGGAAAAACAACCUUUCUGAGAAAAGUGAUGCUGGAGUGGGCCAAGGGAAACCUAUGGAAGGACAGGUUCUCGUUUGUCUUCUUCCUCACGGGCCGUGAAAUGAAUGGUGUGACGGACAUGAGCCUGGUGGAGCUGCUCUCCAGGGACUGGCCUGAGUCUUCAGAGCCCAUUGAAGACAUCUUUUCCCAGCCAGAGAGAAUCCUCUUUAUCUUGGAUGGCAUGGAGGAACUGAAGUUUGACUUGGAUUGCAACACCGACCUCUGUGAAGACUGGGAGCAGCCACAUUCCUUGCAGGUUGUCCUGCGGAGCCUGCUGCAGAAACAGAUGCUCCCAGAAUGCUCUCUGCUCCUUGCACUCAGCAAGAUGGGGAUGAAGAAAAACCACUAUUUGUUGAAGCACAUUAAAUGCAUCUUUCUCUUGGGGUUCUCUGAGCGCCAAAGGAAGCUGUAUUUCUCCCAUUACUUCCGGGAGAAGGGUGCAUCCUCGAGAGCCUUCAGUUUUGUGAGGAAGAGGAGCUCACUCUUCAUCUUGUGCCAGAGCCCCUUUCUCUGUUGGCUAGUCUGUACUGGCUUGAAGUGUCAGCUGGAGAAGGGAGAAGACCUGGAGCUGGACUCUGAAACCAUCACUGCUUUGUACGUGUCUUUCUUCAUGAAAGUAUUCAAAUCAGGAAGUGAGACCUGUCCGUUGAAGCAGAGAAGAGCCUGUCUGAAAAGCCUGUGUACCUUGGCUGCCGAGGGUAUGUGGACUCGCACGUUCCUGUUUUGCCCCGGGGACCUCAGGAGGAAUGGGGUGUCCGAAUCGGACACCUCGAUGUGGUUAGAUAUGAAACUUCUUCACAGGAGUGGUGACUGCCUUGCCUUCAUCCAUACCUGUAUCCAAGAAUUUUGCGCAGCCAUGUUCUACAUGUUCAAACGACCCAAGGACCCACCUCACUCGGUCAUUGGAAAUGUGACCCAGCUCAUCACCAGGGCCGUGAGCGAACACUGCUCCCACCUGUCCUGGACAGCGGUAUUCCUGUUUGUGUUCUCAACGGGAAGGAUGACCCACAGGCUGGAGACGUCCUUCGGUUUUCCACUGUCCAAAGGGAUAAAGCAGGAAAUAACGCAAAGCCUUGACACUUUAAGUCAGUGUGACCCCAAUAAUGUCAUGAUGAGUUUCCAGGCAUUGUUCAAUUGUUUGUUUGAGACCCAGGACCCAGAAUUUGUAGCCCAAGUGGUGAAUUUCUUCAAAGACAUUGACAUUUAUAUUGGUACCAAAGAGGAGCUGAUAAUAUGUGCAGCCUGUCUGCGACAUUGCCAUAGUCUGCAGAAAUUUCACCUGUGUAUGGAACAUGUCUUCCCAGAUGAGUCUGGAUACAUUUCAAACACCAUUGAGAAGCUCACCCUCUGGCGGGAUCUGUGCUCAGCAUUCACCGCCAGUGAGGACUUCGAGAUGCUAAAUCUGGAGAACUGUCAGUUCGACGAGCCCUCUCUGGCUGUUCUCUGCAGGACGCUGUCUCAACCUGUCUGUAAACUCCGCAAGUUCGUGUGUAACUUUGCUUCGAAUCUGGCAAAUAGCCUAGAAUUCUUUAAGGCCAUUCUUCAUAACCCUCAUUUGAAAUACCUGAACCUCUAUGGCAGCAGCCUCUCCCAUAUGGAUGCCAGGAAGCUGUGCGAGGCGCUGAAACACCCAAUGUGCAACAUAGAAGAACUCAUGCUGGGGAAGUGUGACAUCACGGGUAAAGCCUGCAAAGACAUCGCCUCUGUUCUCGUCCACAACAAGAAGCUGAAGCUUCUCUCCUUGUCAGAGAACGCCCUGAAGGACGAUGGGGUGCGGGUGCUGUGUGAGGCCUUGAAGAGCCCAGACUGUGCCCUGGAGGCGCUGCUGUUGAUGAAUUGCUACUUCACUUCUGUUUGCUGUGUGGACAUCGCUACUGUUCUUAUCCAUAAUGAAAAACUAAAAACCCUGAAACUAGGGAACAAUAAGAUAUACGAUGCUGGUGCCAAACAGAUAUGUAAAGCUUUGAAGCAUCCUAAGUGUAAAUUAGAGAACCUUGGGCUGGAGACCUGCGAGCUCAGCCCUGCCUCUUGUGAGGACCUGGCCUCGGCUCUCACUGCCUGCAAAUCGCUGACUUGCGUGAACCUGGAAUGGAUCAGCCUGGACUAUGAUGGGGCGGCGGUGCUGUGUGAAGCCUUGGUCAGUCCGGAGUGUAGCCUGCAAGUGCUCGGCCUGGACAAAUCUUCAUAUGAUGAGGAGAUUAAGAUGAUGCUGACGCAGGUGGAAGAGAUGAACCCCAACCUCAUCAUUUCACACCAUCUCUGGACCAAUGACGAGGCCAGACUCAGGGGUGUACCUGUCAGACAAGGGCACGUCCUGGAGUAAUCUUCUCACCAAUGUCCCACCUGGUCACCUUGGCAUCUCCCCUCCUGACACAUCCUGUCCUAUAAAUGGUUCAUCAGAGCCGGUUGAUGAUUUUGGAGCUCUUCCUUCACAGUGUUCUAGUGAUUCGACUGUGG